CCCUGUCCGCCCAGUCCUACCCCAGCUUCAGGAGGAGUUGGAACAGCGUGGCCCCAGGCCUGGGCCUUUAUCACGUGAGCUGGUCCCAACUCCUGCUCAUGUCUGUUGUCAUGGAAAUGACCCUGCUUCUCCUCUUCUUUGGGGGUUUGUGGGCCCAGGAGGUGGACACAGAGUCUCCGGGGAUGUCUACACCCAGACAGCCCUCUUCUUCUUUGGUCUCAAACAUCUCUGAGGCCUCAAACCUUGACUCAGUGGCCUCCGAUCAGGCAAUAACAAGGGUCCCUGAGGAAAAUGGCGGUACUGGGCACCAGGUCUCCCUGCCUUCCUCAGCUCCACAUGAGGUGUCCUCUCCUGAGACUUCCACGGCUGCCAGCGUUAGCCUCUUUAUAACUGAUACAAUAGCCACCCAAGAAGUUCCCACCAGGAAGUUAUCAAUGUCCCAGGAUAUCUCCAAUGCAACCAGUGAUCCUACUGUCCCAGCAAUGACUACUCUGGGACUUCACACUACGGCUGGUGAAACCAUGGCAACCAGCUCUCUGGAGACCUCCAGUGGGACGUUGACGAGUAAACCUCCUGUCACCAUGACAACUAACUCUCUGGAGACCUCCAGUGGGACCAGUGGACUCCCUGUCACCAUGACAACCAGCUCUCUGGAGCCCUCCAGUGGGACCAGUGGACUCCCUGUCACCAUGACAACCAGCUCUCUGGAGCCCUUCAGUGGGACCAGUGGACUCCCUGUCACCAUGACAACUAGCUCUUUGGAGACCUCUGAUGUGACCAGUGAACCCCCUAUCACCAUAGCAACUAGCUCUCUGGAGACCUCCAAUGGGACCAGUGGACGCCCUGUCACCAUGGCAACCAGCUCUCUGGAGACUCCCAAGGAGACCAGUGGCUCGCCCAGCUUUGGGGUAAAUAUACUCAUGACUACCCCAGGGAUCUCCACAAACAAAGGCAGUGGGCCUUCCCAAAGUUCAGAUCAGAAGACAGGUAACACCCUGGUGGUGGCUGUGCUCGUGGCCCUGCUGGCGGUCAUCCUCCUCCUGGCACUCAUCCUGCUGUGGCGCCGGCGGCAGAAGCGGAGGACGGGGGCUCUGACGCUAAACAGAGGUGGGAAGCACAACGGGGUGGCAGAUGCCUGGGCUGGGCCAGCCCGAGUGUCUGACGAAGAGGCUAUGAUAACAGCAGUAGGAGUGCCUGGUGGUGACAAGGGCUCCGGGGCCCCAGAAGGCGAGGGUUCUGGCCGUCGGCCCACACUCACCACUUUCUUUGGUAGACGGAAGUCUCGCCAGGGCUCCUUGGCACUGGAGGAGCUAAAGGUGGAGUCAGCCGCCAGCCUGAAGGGGGAGGAAGAGCCACUGGUGGGCAGUGAGGAUGAGGCUGUGGAGGCCCCCGCUUCUGACGGGCCGGUAGCGGGAGAUGUGGAGGUCCCUUAGUGCUUGUGAAUAACAAGUCUGGAGGUCAGAAUCAUUCCUAGCUUUCGGCACCCUCCUAUCAUCGCUUCCCACCUCAUCAGCACCCAGCAUUCGCACCCAGCAUCUUCACUCUGAAUCCUCAUCUAGCUUCUUAACCCUGGACUUUCCAGCUCCGCACCCAACACCAGCACCUCCACCCAGCGCCCCAACCCCGCAGGAGGCCAGGGCCUGCACCCACUGAAGGCUCAGAGACUGAAUGAAUGAAACUUCCUCACCAGCCCUACUUCUCUCCAUCACCUGUCCUCCACGUUUUGUCUUUGAAACCAGAUGCUGAGUCUCUCUGAUGCCAAUUUCCUUGACCUAUGAUUGCUUAGAGGGUUCCCCAGGGACACCAGAGUCUGGGAAGAAGGAAAUGACAAGCCAGCAACUUCCGUCUAGGAUUACUCUGUAAAGCACAUUUGGCCCGUAGAUUAGGACAGCCACUGGGUUGACCCACGAAACUCCUUUAACUCGUGCUCUGCAGGGCCAGCCUGGAGCGGUGCCAUCUGGCUGUGCUCUCAGGUGUGCCUGGUGCACACCUGGCCUCGAGGCUGGCCCCUGGCUCAAGCCACCACUCCCUCCCUCACUAUGGACCGAGGCAGCCAAAGGCUUCAGCUAUCCCUCCUCUGGCGGCAGAGGUGAGAAGAGCUUCUGGGCGGGUGGAAUCCUCGGAAGCCCCAGCGCCCGGGUGGUCCACUCGUGGGUGUGGUUCGUGUGCAGGAGGCAAGGAUGCGGUGGUUGUGGAGGGCAGUGGUGCGUACAGAGGGCGUGAGGGAGGGGCAGGAAGGGUUCCGGGACUGAGGACAUGCCAGCUGCUGAGAACAUCUGCACCCUCCUCUCUGCUCAGAUGGGGUGGCGGUAGGAAAGGGCCAGGGAGAGAAUGCUGGGCUUGAUGGGAAGACGGCCCGUGUGGCCCCAGCCCGGGUCUUCAGCCCAGCUGCUCGGGCCCCCUCACAGCUGUUAGGUGGGAGAGAGCCCAGGUUCGGAUGCAUGCAGGCAUGUAAUGAGAUAAUGGACUUCCCCUGGAAUUUCUCACAGAUCAAGGUGCCAGACACAGAUACAGGCUUCUUCUCCCUUAAUCCACAUACCCCCGCCCAUUCCCUGCAGCGGAGAAUGCCUCAGCUCAUGU